AUGAUUACAUUCUUUAAUUAUUUUUAACCUCACUCUAUUAGAGUAUCUCAUUAAAUUGUAUCUAAAUACAGGCAUAUUCUUUGUAAUAUCUUCAUUAUUGUAUUGUUUCCUUGUCCUAUUCUUUUUAUAUAAUUUCUACCUUUCAAUAUCAUAUUCAUCAAUCUAAAUCUAAUAAGUUUUGGAUGCAUAAUAUAAUAAUGCUUGAUUUAAGAGUUUAAAACUACGAAAGUUUUAUAAAAUAUUUCAUCUAAUAAUUAUAUCAUUUAAACUAACUAUAAAUCAAGAAUCCUAUUUUAAUUUUUAUUCUUAUUACUCCUCCUCCUCAUAUUUAUGAACUAUAUAAAAUUUCAGAAUUACUUUUAACUUUCCUACUCUCAACUCAUAUUUGUUCAUCUAUAUCUCAAUCUUACAAUAAAUCACAUAGAUUUGAUAAUUCAGAGAUUAUAAAGUUCUUAGAAUAAUUAUCCUGAGUUUGAAGAUGCUAUUCUUUAGUAGAAUUGA